GUAACGAUUUUCCUUCCAUUUUUGGGUGGUUUCUCCAAAAAGAAAAAAGGAAAAAAAAAUCCCUAACGAAUAUGUCCGACGAGGAGCACCAUUUCGAGUCCAAAGCCGACGCCGGAGCGUCCAAGACCUACCCGCAGCAAGCCGGUACCAUCCGCAAGAACGGCUACAUCGUCAUCAAGAAUCGCCCUUGCAAGGUCGUUGAAGUUUCAACCUCCAAGACUGGAAAGCAUGGGCAUGCUAAGUGCCAUUUCGUUGGAAUAGACAUCUUCAAUACCAAAAAGCUUGAAGAUAUUGUUCCCUCCUCCCAUAACUGUGAUGUUCCCCAUGUCACUCGUACUGACUACCAGCUAAUUGAUAUUUCUGAGGAUGGAUUUGUGAGUUUGCUUACUGAAAAUGGGAACACUAAGGAUGACCUGAGGCUACCAACUGAUGAGAAUCUUCUGUCUCAGAUCAAGGAUGGGUUUGCUGAGGGAAAAGACCUUGUUGUGACAGUCAUGUCUUCAAUGGGAGAGGAGCAGAUCUGUGCUCUUAAGGACAUUGGCCCAAAGUAAUUACUCAAUGAUUUGCAGAUGGUGGUUGCAAUUUGAGCGAGAAGGAUUUUGUAAAAGCUAUUAUAGCUUGCCAUUUACAAACUUAAAGAGUAGACUAGUUAAAAUGCUACGGAUGGGUUUAAUAUCAAAACUGGAAACAGAAUUUAUAUUAUGGCGUGGUAUUUGUGUUUUGCAGUUCC